AUGGCCAACUCUUCUUCGUCGUCAUCCAGCGGCGGCAAGCAGCCAACACGGAGCGCGUCGGCCAUUGUCGCGCGGGCAGUGCCGGUCUCCGGCUCGCACGAUCUCAAGAUAGACGGCUACUCCGGGGCCAAGGGGCUCGGCAACGGUUCCUGCAUUACGUCCGAGUUGUUCUCUAUCGGAGGCCGUCUCUGGCGUCUCCAGUACUACCCCGACGGCUACUCCGGCUACCCUGACUGGAUAUCAAUCUACCUCUGCCUCGACCCCGCCGACGUCAACACAAUCAACGUGCAGUUCGAGAUCAGUUUGCUCGACCAGGAUGGGAACCCCGUGUCAGCGUACAGCAAAGCCAGCAACACAUGCACCUUCUCCAAACAAAGUGGAUCGUAUGGUUUCUGGCAGUUCAUCAAGAAAAAAGAACUGGAGGAAUCAGCUGAUUGCCUGAAGGAUGACGUCUUCACUGUCAGGUGUGUCAUUACCAUGGCAAAGGAGAUCUUCACGGAAACCAUCCCGGCCCCCGUCGUCGUGCCACCGCCUGACGUGCUCCAGCAUCUAGGCCAGCUCCUCUCCUCCGGGGACGGGGCGGAUGUCACGUUCGAGGUUGGGGACGAGAAGUUCCCCGCCCACAGGUGCAUGCUCGCAGCUCGGUCCUCGGUCUUCAAGGCCGUGCUCCUCGGUACGAUGAAGGAGAAGACGGACGCCAGCGUCCGGUUGGACGGCAUCGAAGCUAAAGUGUUCAAGGCAAUGCUGCACUUUGUUUACACCGACUCGUUGCCGCAUAUAGACGCGGGAGACGCGGCGGUGAUGGCUCAGCAUUUGCUUGUGGUGGCGGACAGAUUCAACCUGGGGAGGCUGAAGUUGAUGUGUGAGGACACGCUGCGCAGCUACAUCGACACGAGCACGGUGGCGACCAUAUGGGCGCUGGCCGAGCAGCAUGGCUGUGGGGCGCUCAAGGACGCAUGCUUCAAGUUCCUUGCGUCUCUCGGCAAUUUCAAAGCACUCACGGCCAGCGAUGGCUUUGAGCAUCUGAUGAGGAGCUGCCCCUCUCUCCUCAAGGAGCUGGCUGCCAAUCUGGCUACCUAG